AUGGAUACGGAGAAUCCAAUGAACAAGCCAUCUGGGCUUCCGCGUCUCGGCGCAAGCACUACAUCCCGACUGCCACAACUUCACUCCUCAUCUGCCAUGUCGCAUCAUGGCCUGCACGAGAUAACAGACUCGCAGACCAACACGCGAUCGCAAUCCGCAAUGGCCCCGCCAUCUCUCACAGGUAUCAAGCGCGGUCUUCAGGGCGCCGGUACGGUUGACACACUUCAACACCUUGUCUUCCCAGCCACAUGCUUACCUCAGGCCAAUACAGUUUCUCAGCCAGAACCAAAACGCAAAACUCUGUCCGAGAAGGCAGCCACCGAGUUUCCCCAGGCCUCGGCAAAGUCUGGCCUUGUAGCACCCACCCCCGUUCGGAGCACAAUUAAGGGCACGUCUCUGCGGGACAUGCAAUCACGUCACCGCGCAAAUCGGAAAGAGUCUGUUAUCGGGUCCUCGAAGAAAGCGAUGACGCCCCAAACCCACGAAGCAACCGUUACAGAUGGCUGCGCUCAACCGUUACCUGGAGAGCUCUCAAUCCUCAACCGACUCAAGCGAUUCACCUUAUUCAUGUCCUGGCUCAGUAAACAGACGGCCACCGGGAGCAUCGUCUCUAUCCGACUCGAUGCUGCAAUUCGGGGAUGGGACACUCAGACUGGCCCCGAAACACUUGAUACGGCUGCCGCGGCGAUUGGGAGCGCAAGUCUAUCUGAAUGCCCGCUCAUGUUUCCUCUGGGAAGAACCACGUCUUCACAAACCCGACCCGUUACUCGCUCGGUCGCCUCAUAUAACUCAAACACCUCCCGAAAUACCUCGACGAGCAGCUAUGCAAGCAGUGUUGGACCGGGCGCUCGGCCGCCUUCCCGAACUGCCCACGCGCGAUCAGCAAGCGUACGAUCUACAGCCGCCCGAGGCAACAGACCCAUAACGUCCAUGGGCGUCAGGGCCGAGGAACCAACCAAGAAUGGUACGGAUACCCAGCAGCCAUUGGCAAAGAAACCCUCCACAAACAGCAAGGUUCCCAUUACUUCCAAGAAAGUUCGGAAGUACCACUCUGUCAGCGAUAUGAGCACCGCCUAUAUUCAGUCACUCCCUGCAGCUAGAGAAGCCUCUAUCUGUCGCGCACUCGAUACACUCAACUUUAGUGAAGGAAGUACGGCAUCAUCCACUACACAGGAUCCAGUGGAUUCCUCCCAAGAAACAGAAACACCAACUUUCAAGGUCCCAGCAAGUGUAAAACGGCGCAAUCGCCAGCGCGUGGACACAUUCGGGUCUCCAGUAAGAGAACAGCGUCGGGAUAUCCCAGUGGUCCCCAAAACGCCCACUUCCAAAGACUUGAUUCAACAAUUUGCGCGUGUCAAUUCUUCGUACAAAGCUGUCACCCCUUUAAUGUCCCCUUCGCCGACCAAGGCUUCGUUUUUGACUAAGGGAUCUAACCUCCAUAACUUUGUAGCAUGGGACGUAGAUGAACGACUAGGUACCUUCGAGUCCGAGGUAAAAGCCAUGAAGGAGAUGAUUAGCAACUCCAUUAACGGACGGAUGUCAUCUGAAAAUGAAUUGGCUGCGGAAAAACAAAAGGUGGCCGAUCUCGAACAGACAAAAAAUGCACUCGAAUCAUCGAAAUUGGAACUGCAGUCUAAGAUUCAAGAUGCUAACCACAAAAUCCAUGCCCUCACACGGGAACUCGACGAUGAAAAGAGAGCGCGACGGAAUGACGCCGAAGACCUCAAGCGCGAACAUCGAAACGAAAUUGACGAAAGACUACGCCAGUUUAAUCGCGAGAAGGACGAACUAGAGAGAAUCUCUCAACAAAGAAUCGAAAAGCUGAAAGAAGAGCUGGCUGCCGACUUCGCGAAGCAACUGGGUGAAGCUCAUCAGGCCUUUGAGGAGCUCGAGCAAUUACUCGAAGAGGAAAAGCGGGGCGCGAUGCUGCGAAGCCAGGCAAAUGGCAAAGACUUGGAAGCACAAUUUGUGCAGAUUGCGCAAGUAAAGAAGGAGAAAGAGGAACUGCUUGAGGCUCAGCGUGAUCUCAAGGGAUUAGUAGCAGUGCGAGAGGCACGUAUUGCUGAUCUUGAAAAGGCAGUGACAUCUGGUCAAGCCGCACUAAUUCACCUGAAGAGCGACGAGCAGAAACAAGUCGAACACUUCCGGAUCAUCAGAGAGGAAAAACAAGCUGCAGUCGAACAAGCAGCCCAAGCAGAACAGCAAGCCGAAGAGUACAAGGGAAAGCUCAGAGUCGAGGAACGAAGGAGGCGAAAGCUGUUUGACCAACUACAAACUCUUAAAGGCAACAUCCGUGUCAUGUGUCGCAUACGCCCUGGCCGCAAUGAUUCCGCCAAUGCCCAGAUCGAGACCGACGUUGGCGAAUAUGACGAUCAUAUUGGCAAAAUGACGCUCAUGGUGCCCAUCAAGAAGUAUGACGGAGAGCAGCUUGUUGACAGGUCCUAUGACUUUGAGCGCGUCUUUGAGCAGCAGGAAGGCAAUCAGGUUGUCUUUGAAGAGAUCAGCCAACUCGUUCAAAGCGCUCUAGACGGCCAGAAGGUCUGCGUCUUUGCUUACGGCCAGACUGGAUCAGGAAAGACAUUUACCAUGAGCGCACAACAGGAUUCAAUCAUUCCAAGCGCCAUGAAGAUGAUCUAUGAGCAGGCUGAGUCUCUAAAAGAUGCCGGUUGGACCUAUCAGAUGUGGGGUUCCUUUACAGAGGUCUACAACGAGAAGCUCUUUGACUUGCUUAGUGACGAUGGCAGUCGAAAUGAGGUCCAACUUCGUCAAGACCCCAACACCAAGAAGUAUUACGUGGAGUCGCGAGCAACGAGGCUAGGAUCACCGGCAGAGGUGGAAACAAUGCUUGCCACGGCAAACAAGAACCGUACCGUUGCAGCUACCAAUAUGAAUCGCGCCUCUUCGCGAUCUCAUUGUGUCUUCACCCUCAAACUCGAAGGUGUGGACGUCGAUGGAAACAGGAGCGAAGGUGUGCUGAACCUUAUCGACCUUGCUGGCUCCGAACGAGUCAAGGAGUCGCAAGUCGAGGGUCAGAAUUUCAAGGAGGCGGCCAGCAUCAACACAUCGUUGUCGACUUUGAGCAAGGUAAUGACCGCUCUAGCAGAGAACGCCAGCCAUAUCCCGUACCGCGACUCUUCACUCACCAAGCUGCUUGAAGGCUGUCUCGGUGGCAAUGCCAAAGCACUCAUGUUUGUCAUGGUCAGCCCUCUUGCUGUGGACAUCAAGGAGACAGUUAGCAGCUUGGACUUUGCUACAACUGUCUCGAAAGCCAAACCAGGGCAGCAAGGCGGCCCGCUCAAAGCAAUCAAGACCGGCCGCUCAAUCAAAAAGCGAUGA